AUGUCUCUAUCAUCAACUCUGGCCUCUACACUGGCAGCUGACCAGUCUCCCACUCGUACGACCCCAGGCUCUAUAAAGAGAGCCACCGGCACAAGCGUUCCUAGUACCACGCAUGGUACAACAUGGACUCAGGGCAUUGUGACAUCGUUAUGGAAUUUCUUUGCUGAACCGUCGGAGAGUGAGAGUGAGGCUGAUGCUCUCGGGGCAUGGGUUGGGGUGAGGAAGGGAAGGAAGAGAUGCCAGUCUGUUGGUGAGAUGCGGUGA